CCAAAUAUCAGACCUUGUGCAUGAUGACUGCAGGCGGGCGGCGUCUUUCGAUUUUUCGACAGCGGCCUACGUCUUACCUUGCUUAAAAGUGUUCAGUAUUCUUCAGCCUCUCAAGCUCACAUCAUAUCCCCCUAUUUUUUGCCUCCCAAGCGCAAUUUCAAAUUCCAUAAUGACCCCUCCUGUUCUGGCUACCGGGUUUCCUGCCCCAGGACUUCGGAAUCCGAAUCGAUACAUCACCGGACAUAAUAGCGAAGGAGAAGCUGUAUUUUUGCAGACCGAUCAUGGAGACCACCAAGGCAUCAUGCUUGACGGCCUAGGAGCUCAAUCCAUUUUCUACAGUAGCAAUAGCAAUCCAAAUGAGCUCACAGAUAAUGCCGACCUCGAGUUCGCUGCCAAAAACAACCCCUCCCUUCACAUGCCUAACGGAUGCGUUGUGCGAAUGAUUGAUUUCGUCCCCGGAGCAGCUUCCAAUCUACACCGAGCGCUGACUCUCGGAAUCGGGACAGUCUGCGAAGGAGAAAUCGAGUUGACCAUUGGGAAAGGCGAGACGAGGAUUCUUCGUCCUGGAGACGUAUCAAUCAAUCGUGGGGCAAUGCACAUGUGGCGAAAUACCUCUAAUGAGAAACCUGCGCGUAUGCUGUUCGUCAUGCUGGAUGUAAAGCCCAUUAUAGUUAAUGGAAAGGCUUUGGAGUUUGAGAUGGGAGAAUUGAUGAAGGCUUAUGCUGAGUAUGCUGAUGGAGAGGGGCCGAAUAAAAAGACGUAGUAUCAAUCUAGCAACAUAAAAGUGUUUAGGCUGCCAGAAAUGCGCUUUUGUAAAAUUUGCAGUACAUUCGUGAGAAUUAGACGGAUCCAAUAUUACCGAGCAGUCUGGAAUAGUACAAAGAUGAUACAUCCGAGUGAUGCUUCCAUCUCAAUUGAAGACAGCAAUCAACUCUCUUCAAUGAAAAUUA